AUGUGCGGAAUUUUCGCUUAUCUAAACUACAGAGUGCCUCGAACUCGGAAGGAAAUAUUUGAGACCUUGAUAAAAGGAUUGCAGAGACUAGAAUACAGAGGAUAUGACUCUGCAGGAGUGGCAAUUGAUGGAAAUAAUAAUGAAGAUAAAGAAAGAUUCAUCAAACUAGUUAAGAAAAGAGGAAAAGUAAAGGCCCUGGAAGAAGAGUUGUACAAACAAGAUGACCUGGAUUCAAAAGCAGAUUUCGAAACGCACUUCGGAAUUGCUCAUACACGCUGGGCAACUCAUGGAGUUCCAAGUGCCAUCAACAGUCACCCUCAGAGGUCUGAUAAAAGCAAUGAAUUCGUUGUUAUCCAUAAUGGAAUCAUCACAAAUUAUAAGGACCUGAGAAAAUUUCUGGAGAGCAAAGGCUAUGAGUUUGAAUCUGAAACAGAUACAGAAACGAUCCCCAAACUGAUCAAAUACAUGUAUGACAACAGAGAGAGUGAGGACACCAGUUUUUCAGCCUUAGUAGAAAGAGUUAUUCAACAGUUGGAAGGCGCUUUUGCAUUGGUUUUCAAGAGCAUCCAUUACCCAGGUGAAGCUGUUGCUACCAGGAGAGGGAGCCCUUUGCUCAUUGGGGUUAGGAGUAAGUACAAGCUCUCCACCGACCAGAUUCCUGUUUUAUAUAGAACAUGUAAGUUGAUAAAUCCAGUUACAUUCUUUUUAAGAACUAAAAAUGUGAAAAACAUGUGCAAUUCACGAUUGAAAAGGUUGGACAGCUCUACCUGCCUUCAUGCUGUUGGGGACAAGGCAGUAGAAUUCUUCUUUGCUUCAGAUGCAAGUGCUAUCAUUGAGCACACCAACAGAGUGAUUUUUUUAGAAGAUGAUGACAUUGCAGCAGUAACUGAUGGGAAGCUUUCGAUUCACCGCCUCGAGCGCUCAGCUAGUGACGAUCCUUCCCGGGCCAUCCAAACCUUGCAGAUGGAAUUGCAGCAAAUCAUGAAGGGUAACUUCAGUGCAUUCAUGCAAAAGGAAAUUUUUGAACAACCAGAAUCUGUUGUCAACACAAUGAGGGGCAGGGUGAAUUUCGAGAGCAGCACAGUCUUGCUGGGGGGGCUGAAGGAUCAUCUGAAGGAAAUCCGAAGAUGCCGAAGACUGAUCAUUAUUGGCUGUGGGACCAGUUACCAUGCUGCAGUUGCUACUCGACAAGUACUGGAAGAAUUAACUGAACUCCCAGUGAUGGUGGAACUUGCUAGUGACUUCCUGGAUAGAAAUACACCUGUGUUCAGAGAUGAUGUGUGCUUUUUUAUAAGUCAGUCAGGUGAAACUGCAGAUACGCUCAUGGCCUUGAGGUACUGUAAAGAGCGUCGUGCUCUGACGGUUGGCAUCACAAACACAGUGGGAAGCUCCAUAUCCAGGGAGACUGACUGUGGGGUACAUAUCAAUGCAGGACCCGAGAUAGGUGUGGCAAGCACAAAGGCUUAUACCAGCCAAUUCGUGUCUCUUGUAAUGUUUGGCCUAAUGAUGUCUGAAGACAGAAUUUCCUUGCAGAAAAGGAGACAGGAAAUCAUUAGUGGACUGAAAUCAUUGCCAGAGAUGAUUAAAGAAGUCUUGUCCUUGGAUGAGAAAAUACAUGAUUUGGCUCUUGAACUGUACAAGCAAAGAUCACUGCUGGUUAUGGGACGUGGGUAUAAUUAUGCCACUUGCCUAGAAGGAGCUCUGAAAAUAAAAGAAAUCACUUACAUGCACUCUGAAGGUAUCCUGGCUGGUGAGCUGAAACAUGGGCCGUUAGCCUUAAUAGAUAAACAAAUGCCUGUUAUCAUGGUGAUAAUGAAGGAUCCUUGUUUCACCAAGUGCCAGAAUGCUCUGCAACAGGUCACUGCUCGACAGGGUCGCCCAAUCAUUCUGUGUUCUAAAGAAGACACAGAAAGCUCAAAAUUUGCCUACAAAACCAUUGAGCUGCCUCAUACAGUUGACUGCCUUCAAGGAGUCUUGAGUGUUAUUCCUCUCCAGUUGCUUUCGUUCCACCUGGCUGUUCUCAGAGGAUAUGAUGUGGACUUUCCAAGAAAUUUGGCCAAAUCUGUUACUGUAGAAUAA